UCAACCAGUGCUUCAUAAGGUUCCUUUCAGUUCAGUAAUACGAUUUUCCAGCACCCCUUCUUCUAUAUAAAGGCAUAAGAAAAUGAAGAUGUUCAUAAGCCUCCAGAGAGAAACAAUGGCCCUUCCUCUUGCUUCCCGGAUCUUCCUCUUCUUCUUCCAGUUUGCCCUGCUGUACUCUGCUCAAGGGAGAGAGGCUCCUAAAACACAAUGGAAAGAUGUCACCGAUAAGGAAAUGUACGACAUCACAAAGCAUUCAGUCGACGAGCAUUUCUGGAUCUAUGCCAAGCAAUAUAAGAAGAUGAGGGAUGAUGGUGGUGCUCAGAUGAUGGCCGAUCAAAAUCCAGAAGUAGACGACUUUUUCUGGAUUUACAGUAAGAAAGCCAAGGAAACGAUUGGAAACCAAGAUGAUGGUUGUGAUCAAGGUGCUGGUGAUAUGCAUCAAAAGCAAGAAAUAGAUGACAUUUUCUGGAUUUACCGUAAGAAAGCCGAGGAAGGUUCGGGACGCAGAGUUGAUGGUGAUGUUAUGCAUCGAGACCAUUUCUGGAUUUACACGAAGAAAGCUAAAGAUGUGAAUCUCGACAUGGGCAAUGGCGACGCUCAGUGGAUGGAUGAAAAGCAGUCCGGAGACAAUUUAUGGGGCUAUGCAAAGAAUCCAAAGGGCAUAAGCCCGGAUGAUCAUGGUCAUGACCACCAUCAGCAUCGACACAUGAAACCAUCUUUCCAUGUCUUCUUCACCUUGGAGGACCUUAAGAUCGGGAAGACAAUGCCCCUCUACUUCCCAAGAAAACCAGACCCCUUGAAGACCCAUCAGCUGCUCUCAAGAGAAGAAUCCGAGUCUAUCCCUUUCUCGUCCUCUGAACUCCCCCACCUCUUGGACUACUUCUCCUUCUCCGAGUGCUCUCCUCAGGCCAAAGCCAUGGAAUACACUAUCGAGCAGUGCGAGCUCCAGCCGAUCAAGGGAGAGGUCAAGUACUGUGCCACUUCACUGGAGGCGAUGUUCGACUAUGCCCAGCAAAUACUUGGGCCCAGGACAAAGUCCCGUGUCCUGACCACCACAUACCUCUCCAUGAAGAAAACUGCCGCCCCUCUCCAGAAUUACACUAUCCUGAAGGCUCCAAAGCAGGUUGCGGCUCCCAGGAUGGUCGGGUGCCACCCCAUGCCUUACCCUUACGUGGUGUUCUACUGCCACAGCACGCUUCAGAGUGAGAACAAGCUGUUCCAGGUCUCCCUGGGGGGUCCAGACGGGCAGAGAGUGGAGGCUGUUGCAGUAUGUCACAUGGACACAUCCCAGUGGGACCCCAACCAGGUGUCCUUCCGUGCGCUCAACAUCGAGCCCGGUUCCUCCCCCGUCUGCCACUUCUUUCCUGUUGAUAGUCUCAUUUGGGUACCUUUGCCCCAGGUCUAGUAAUGAAGUAAAAGCUUUGCUAGCUUAAAAGCAACUAUGGAGGGAAAAAAUCUGAAGCAAUAUAUUGUAAACCCGUAUGUGAUUGACAUAUGCCUGCGACGAUACUAUUACUCGUUUACCAAAUAAUCUAGUUCCCAAUGGUAUGAGAGUUUGCAUAUGUACAUACAGUAUCAA